UAGGUGUUACGCUCAUUUAUUGCCAUCUAAGUUCCAUUCAUGAGUGGAUUCUGUUUUAACAUGCUUGCUCCUUAGUGAGUCUCAUCUGGACAGACAACAGAUGCUAAGACAGGGACUGUGGGAAAGAGAGGAAUUAUUAGUGUUACCUUCACCUAGGACAGGUGUGGCUUCAAAAUGUCUAUAUAGAAUGGCCUUAGGGGUUACAGUAUGGUUGAAAGUGGAGGCUGGGUGCUUGCCCUUUCAGAGGUGUUUGCCUAGCAAAGCAAGCUGUUGUCACUUGGGGCUUGUGCUUAUUUGAGGUGGCUGGGAGAGGGUUUAUGAGAAUCGAGGUGAGGGCAGGGGUUUUGGCUCAAGAUCCCUCAACCCAAGCUACGCCUUUGGCAUUUCACAGAAAUAUGGCAAAAAUAAUAAAAGAUUCUUGGCUUUAGGUUUUAUUUGCACAUGCUUUAUAAAUCUACCUGAAGCUUUCCAACUGAUGAUGCACUUGACCAUUUGAAAAUCCGUUCAGUGACUUAUCCCACGUACAGAGAACCAUCCUAAAAGAAAAUAGGGAAAGCUGCUCCCAUCCCAUCUUGAGACAUUCCCACUCACUCUUCAUUGGUAUUUAUGAGGUCCUCCACUCAAGAACUGAACUGAAGGGAAACAUGAGUGCAUAGCAGAAAUGCAGUCCUGCUAGGGAAGGUUCAAGGAGAGUUAAGUGCCAUUGUUUUAUGUUUUGAGGUCUCCCUCCCUCUUCCCUUCCUAGGGGGCAGGGCAAAGUGGAUGAUGCUGGGGGUGGGGGAAAGGGGAGACAAGUGUGGUUUUCCCAUCGGAGCUCAAAUAGCAGUUAGAAUUAUAUAAUGGAGCUGCCCUGAGUCAGGUGACGGGAUCACUGAGUAAUUCCCUGCAGAAGGAGACAAACGGCAUGUUAAAAAGCUCAACAAAUACUCAAAAAAAAAAAAAAAAAAAAAAAGCCCAGGCUGUGAGUUCCAGACUUCCAAGCUGCAGUUUCCUCUGAAUCCUCUCCAGGCUGAAACAGCUGUAUGGGCUUGCUGAGUCAGAAGACUUCUAGAGGUUGGGGAUGGCCGAGGCAGGUCCGGGGUCUGGUUUGGAUCUCCGGCUUACUUUCUGUUUCAUUUUGAAAUGUUCCCGGUUUCUGAAACCGGUUGCCUCCGAUGUGAAGUAAAACACAGGACGCCAGCUGGGCUUUUAAGGACUGGGGCUCUGUGAAGGUAAGAGGCAGUCUGUGCCCCACCGGCCGAAGUCUGCCACUUUAGAGAGGUCUGAGUACUCGCAGGUCACACCCAGGAGGGGUUGGUGCCCCUGCCAACUGUUCUGGGCUCUGAAUGAGGUGGAGAGACCAUCGUGGAGGCGGUUUAUGGUUAGAAAAGGGAUAAAAUGGACCCUCCCUGCCGGAUGGGUGGCCACCUAGUCCACGGUGAGUUGAAUUCAUCUCCCGACUUUGGUUGACACCCUCCCCUUCUCCAUUCCAUCCCACGUGGGAGCUGGUCAUCAGCCAGGGAAUUGGCACAGCUGGGAAGGAAGGCGAAGGGGCUGCCUGGCACCGAGAGGGCUGCAUGGGCGUGUGUAGCAUGUGUAUUUUCAGAGCCCGACACUUGAGGAGACUGUUGCUCAAUUUAAGAAAGCACAGCUAUUGGAAACCCAGGAAACAGACCCAGAGAGGAGGAUGCAUGUGGGAGCAAAGAGCUUUGGGACGCCUUUAAGCUGAGGAAGUGGAGAGGCUGGCGGCGAUGCGUUCUGACUCCCUGGUCCCAGGCACCCACACCCCACCCAUCCGCAGAAGAAGUAAGUUUGCCAACCUGGGAAGGAUUUUCAAGCCUUGGAAAUGGAGGAAGAAGAAAAGUGAAAAGUUCAAACACACAUCAGCAGCCCUGGAAAGGAAAAUAUCUAUGAGGCAAAGCAGAGAAGAGCUGAUAAAGCGAGGAGUCCUCAAGGAAAUCUAUGAUAAAGAUGGGGAACUCUCCAUAUCCAAUGAAGAGGACUCCCUAGAAAAUGGGCAGUCCCUGAGCUCCAGCCAGCUGUCUCUGCCUGCCCUGUCCGAAAUGGAGCCAGUCCCAAUGCCCAGGGAUCCCUGCUCGUAUGAGGUGCUCCAACCUUCAGACAUCAUGGAUGGGCCAGUGUCUGAAGAGAGUCCCUCUGCCAGUGAGUCUGGAGUCCUCCUGUCCCAAGAUCCUUCAGCCAAACCAGUCCUGCUCCUGCCCCCCAAAAAACCUGCUGCUUUCCCUGGAGACCAUGAAGAGACCCCAGUGAAGCAGCUGCCCCUUCUCAAGCAGCCCCCGGCCCUGCCUCCCAAACCCACUACCAGGAUUGCCAACCACUUAACAGAUCCUGGCGCCCCUGUGAAAUUGCCUUGUCUGCCAGUGAAACUAUCGCCUCCGCUACCUCCAAAGAAAGUCAUGAUCUGUAUGCCCGUGGGGGGGCCAGACCUCUCGCUGGUGUCCUACACAGCCCAGAAGAGCGGCCAGCAGGGUGUGGCCCAGCACCACCACACCGUCCUGCCGUCCCAGAUCCAGCACCAGCUGCAGUACGGCAGCCACGGCCAGCACCUCCCCUCCAGCACCGGCUCCCUCCCCAUGCAUCCCUCGGGCUGCAGGAUGAUAGAUGAGCUCAACAAAACACUGGCCAUGACCAUGCAGAGGCUGGAAAGCUCUGAGCAGCGGGUCCCCUGUUCCACUUCUUACCACAGCUCUGGGUUGCACUCGGGUGAUGGGGUCACCAAAGCAGGACCUAUGGGCCUUCCAGAAAUAAGACAAGUGCCAACUGUUGUGAUUGAAUGUGAUGACAAUAAAGAAAAUGUGCCUCACGAGUCAGACUACGAAGACUCUUCUUGCCUGUACACAAGGGAAGAGGAAGAGGAGGAGGACGAAGACGAUGACAGCUCAUUAUACACCAGCUCCCUGGCCAUGAAGGUCUGCAGGAAGGACUCCUUAGCCAUCAAACUCAGCAACAGGCCCUCCAAGCGAGAGCUGGAAGAAAAGAACAUCCUUCCCAGGCAGACGGAUGAGGAGCGGCUGGAGCUGAGGCAACAGAUUGGCACCAAGCUCACCAGGCGGCUGAGCCAGAGGCCAACUGCAGAGGAACUGGAACAGAGGAACAUUUUGAAACCUCGGAAUGAACAAGAGGAACAGGAGGAGAAGAGAGAGAUCAAGAGAAGGCUAACCCGAAAGCUCAGUCAAAGGCCCACAGUGGAAGAGCUUCGGGAAAGGAAGAUCCUCAUCCGCUUCAGUGACUAUGUGGAGGUGGCUGACGCUCAGGACUAUGACCGCAGGGCAGAUAAGCCGUGGACCCGCCUCACCGCUGCCGACAAAGCUGCCAUCCGAAAGGAGCUCAAUGAAUUCAAAAGCACUGAGAUGGAAGUUCAUGAGUUGAGUAGACACUUAACAAGGUUUCACCGACCUUAACAGUCAAAUUCCUCUUGAGUGCUAUGCUGUCUUCAAAACAUAAAUUUAUAAGAACCGUAAGUGCUGGUAUUUAUUCACUUCCCCAUUACGAUGUAAAUCUUCUGAACUGCCUUUUUUAAAAAAGAAGAAGAAAAAUCAAGGAAACACAAUCAGGAUUUUAUGUGUGAAAACAUGAAAGUGAUGGCUCGGGGGUCCGAGCUGCUGGUCCCACUUCUGACACCAAAAUGCAUCCCAAACCCCGGCAGUGCCAAGGGCAUUGGCAGGGCCCUGACUGAAGACUUUCCGGCAGGUGGAACAGUUCUUGUCCUCUCCAACCAGGCCCAACAGGCACUGCCUUCAUGAAGUCUCCAGCAAACCUCUUCCUCACAAGUGUCUGUCACCUGAGUCCAAAGAAAGCUGAAAGUGUGGGUUUGUUUUAUGGCGGGGGGCGGGGAGUACUGUGCAAAGCUAAUGAUCUGGUUGGACUUCUACAAUUGGCCAAAUGUACUGGCUCCAGACAUGACAUCUGGCUUGGGGGCCCUUUGGAGCUGACACCAAGAGGGAGGGAGCACUUCUCAGUUGCCCCUGUGUUUUCCCUCCAGCCACCACCCACACAGUGAACAAAAGGGAAGGGCCCAUUUCUGGGGGAGCCUGGCUGCCUCCUGGCAACGAAGGCUGGCACUGAGCAUCUAUCCUGCCCCCUCUGCCUGAGCUGAGCUGCCUUUCAGGAAGCUCUGGUUUAGAUGGGGAAAGUUGUCAUCUGCUCAAUUCAAAUAAUCAACCCAUCUGUGUUCAGAGUCCAAUUUCAUGAGUGGUCCACGCACACACACAGCCAUUGCUAAGGUACUCCUGUGCUGUUUAUAAGUCUGAGUGGGAGGACCCUGUUGAACCCUGUGGGAUCAGAAACUGCUUGGCUGACAUUUAUUUUCUUUGUGUGCCUCAGAGCUGGUGAGUAUGUGACUUGGGAGUUCAUAGCUUCUGUGUAUAGGACCAGUGCAUGCAGGCCAGAAACCAUUCCUGUAGGACUGGCUUUCCAGCCACCAAGGGACUGGUACUCCAGAACCACUCCAUGGCCUUUUUUUGGUGGGGAGAGGGCUGAAGAGUUUCUGUGAAGGAGCCCCAGAGUUGGGCAUGUGCCAGAAUCAGGCCGACACCAGCCACACCUGCCCACAGUGCCCUUUUCUGCUCCAAUUGGUCCAGAGAGCUCCUCCUUCUCCUCAUGAUGCUAGCGAGCAUGACUGCAGGUGUGUCUCUGACUGGGACAUCCAGGGUUGGGUGUGCAGUGAGGCCAGGACCCUCCUAGACCCUAACAAGCAUCCUAACGAGGCCCACUGCAGCUUUCAUUUUUCUUCCUAACAGAGCAGGCCCUGAGUCACAGAGCUCUCUUGCCUUCUGGGGUGACUCCAUAGUUACCCCAGUCUUUCUAAGUGGUGGCUUGCUCUCCACCACACAUGUCCAGGAUUUAGAAAGAUGCCAGCUUGGCCUUUCCAAAAAGUUAACCAGUCUUCCCACCACAAACCCUGUGGGAGCAGGUUACUCUUAGGAUGCACACCCGUCAAUGAGGCCAUUGCAUUUUUGCAGGCAUGAACGGCUCCCAUGUAGGCACUAACCCAGGAGCCGGACAGCUGCUGGAAGAGUUCCAGACAGCUCUUUGGGCAGUGCCUCCAGCUGCAGCUUUGCCUUGCCGCCUGGAGCCAGCACGCCUCUGCCUGACCCAAGGAGGAUGCCAUCACUAGAUCUCUUAUUUUUCUUUUUUCUUUUUUUUUUACUGUUGAAUCUGAAUAGUUCCUGCUGUGGGGAGAGGUAUUGUUCAGGGAAAAUGUGAUCGGGAUUUUAUUGUGACUGUAAACAGUCUUCCCGAAAGACUUACUGACGUUUGAAUGUGCAAAUGGUAUGACGAAAGAUGUAGGGCUCUUUCGUUGAAUUUCUCCACGGCGGGCAGGUAGGCACGUGUUCUAGGUAGAGGUGCCUGCCGGCCACGCUUUGAGUCUGAACUUCCUCUAACUGCAGCUGGACUCCCUGGCAUGACGGUCCUCCCUGGCCAGGAGCGAGUCCUAAGGAAACUCAUUCCAUUGACUGCACUCCUCCCAUGAUAGGCCCAGCCCAUGGCUUCUCUGCUGGCCUUGGUUCUUGGCCCUUUAGAUUCCCUGGGGAUAUAAGGCCCAAGUGGCUCUCCCUGCGGCCAGCCAGCAAGCAGCCCAGGGUUUCCGCCCAAAGUGCCCUCAUGUUGCAGUCCACUUUGUGCAUGGAAGAAAUUGAACUCAAUUUCUACUGCUCUUCCUGCAGGGCCUGUUUUCCAGACAUCACUUGCUCAGACUGAGGGGUGCACCUCCCCUGCCAUUUCAAGCCCAUUGUAAGUGGCUCUUACACAGGCUCAGCAACCUCUGUGGCCUGCAGGAUGGGCCCUCUGCUCUUUCCUUACGGAAAACCUUAAGGUCUUUCUAGAGACCUAUUCAAAUUUUUUUAUUUUCUACGAUGUCAUGACAACUGCAGCAAUUUGUGUUACUCUCCAGGAGGACAAUUUGACAUUAAGGGAAAAAAUUAAAAGGUAUACUAGACGACUUCAAAUGCAUCUCUUUUUUGAAAGAGCUGCAGUUGGCAAGUCUAAGUUAAUUUUGUGUGUAUAAAUUCCCAGUUGAGCAUUUUUUUUCCAUGUGGAUUAGACAUUGCGUGACCCUGCCCCCAAUCAAUGACUGAAGAGACCGCCAUCAGCCUACUAGCUUUUUUAAAUGGCUGAUAUAUUCAUCUCCAAAGGCCCUUAAAGCCCUGUAGAACUUCUAAAACUUUAGCCUUUAUGUCAGAUUAGAGAAACCAAACAACAUGACGGUAAAUGUGAUGAAAAGCUCUGAGUUUAUUUUUCUCCCGCUUCUGAACAUGUAUUUAUUUGCCGAAUGAAAAUCGUGAUGUGUUGCUUCGAUGAAUGGAAUUUCAGGCUCUCCCUGUGCACAGCUGGUGGGCAAAGGUCACCUUAAAUGACUUUUUCUCCCUAUUUGUCUGUUAAUCCCCAGACCAGUUGCAUUUUCCAGUUGCUUCCUGGGUGUCUGUACAUAGUUUGUCUUUGUAUAGGAGUGAGUGUGGUGACCGUCAAUACCCUGAUCUCCCAGGUUCUAAUUUAACAGAUGACGACUGUAUGAGGAAAACAAUGUAAAUAGAGAAUACAAAUUAAACUGGAUCUCUGUGGCCUAGGUUUUGUACAUACAGAAACUGCAUGGUAUUUAAAUUAUUGUUUGUCUCUGAUGAUGUAUGCAGUUUCUUUAAAAACAAACCAAAAAAAGUCUAAAAAAAAAAAAAAAAAAAAAA